AUGGACAGACUAAGUGUUGAUAGAAUUGAAGACAGGAAAAAAAACUACCAGAAAGGCGUUGACAUACUUGAAAUGAAAAAAAAGCGAGAAGAAGGGGCGAUCCAGCUGAGAAAGAAAAAGAGAAAUGAGCACAUCUGCAAGAAGCGAGCCAUGGGAGUUGACAGAAUUGUGGCAUCAAACGAUAUGAGAGACUAUCAGCCAAACACAUUCAGCUUCCCUGCUGAAAUGGUGCCUGCUGUAUUAGAAAAAAGAGACCAAAGAUUGGCAGCUCCUGAUUAUUCUGCGUUCCAAAGGUUCACUCUCUUGGUCCAUUUUAUAAUAGCUGAAGAAGAUGAAGCUGUUUUAACCGAAGCUGCAAAAGUGUUAAGAAAACUAUUAGCAGGGAACAGCCAGCCUUCUUUAAAAACCCUUGUUGAGAUUGGAAUCAGUUCAAAAUUAAUAAAAUUGCUGAGCUCAAAAAACGAGAAUUUAUUAUCUGAAGUUUCCUGAUGCUUAAUUAAUUUAUCGUCAGGCCCCGCUGAUAUUUCAAGUGUUAUGCUAAAUCAAAACAUAGCCAAAACUUUGGCUCAAGUUUUGGAAAAAUGCGAGUCAGUUGAGCUUGCAAAUAACUUUGCAUGAAUACUCGGAAAUAUUUCAGCAGACUCAAUAGAUAAUAGAGACACUAUUUUGGAGACUGGGGUGGUAAAAACACUUGUAGGCUUUAUAAAUGAAAAUUUUAAUGGGAGCUCUUUUGUGAUUUGGACACUAAGUAACUUGUCGAAAGGGAAACCAAUGCCAGAGGAGCAUAUUAUUUUAGACCUUUUGAAGAUUUUCCCUAGGGCUAUUGAGACAGAUAAUGAAGAUAUCCUGGUAGAUGCCUGCUGAAUUUUGUCUAAUAUAACUGAUGGUGAAAAGUACAUUGAUAAAGUUUCUGAUAUUGGGAUUAUUCCUAAAUUGAUAGACUUAUUGGCUCAUCCGAGCCAAGAUGUGCAAGGAUUCGCGUCAAGAGUAAUCGGAAAUAUUAUCGUCAACUCUGAUAAAUAUACCCGGACACUGCUGAAUUUAGGAAUUUUAGACAAUUUAGGAGCUUUAUUGUACCACCCUCGCAGGUCAUUAAAAAAAGAAGCUUUAUUAUCAUUGGGCAACUUUUUGUUUGGAAAUGACGAACAAGUCGAGCUUGUUAUCAGUCACCCUUGCAUGAAAAAUAUCGUCAGAUUCUUAUUAGAUGCUGACCAAAAUAUCCGAUAUGAAGCUUUAUGGGCUAUUGGCAACGCCACCCAUACCAGCAAUCGAAAUAUAAUUAAAAAAUUAGAAAAAUACGAAGUUUUGAAAUCCCUUGUGGAGAACUUAAAAGACAAGCACCCUAAGACUCUUGUGGUAGCUUUAAAAGCUAUUGACUGUAUAUUAGAAGCAGGGACUCAAACGAGUGCCGAUACAGGAAUAAACAUGCUGGCCUAUAAGUUUCAAGAACUUGGAGGGGUUGACAUGCUUGAGUUCUUACAAAGCCACCCCAAUGUGACGAUUUACAAUAUUGCAGUCCACAUUAUGAUGAAAUAUUAUGGAGUUGAAGAAGACGUGGACGAGAACUUAAACGGCAGCGAGUCUAAUGGUUUUGUGUUUAGUUAA